UUUGCUGGCAGCAUGAGUGACGUUAGGCGACUGAUGUUCCACAACAGCACCCGCGACGACAGCAACUCACACAAUCCAAGUAGCGCAGUCCAUGGUCACGAAGGUCUGUCCAUCUUGCACAGCCGCCUUGACCAACGACGUGUUGGCAAAUGCUGUACAUUGCGACGCAUGCAAAACUAUCUACUGCUGGUGGUGCGAGCAAGUCAUCUCAAAAGAAUCCAUUGCCCAGCACUACAACGUCAAGGGCAAAGGUUGUCGAGUAGUGCAAUUGCCCCAGUCUCCUACCGCUUCAACGUCUCUGAAGGAUCACCACGGCAACAGCGGACAUCCAGCCAAGAGCACUCUUGUGUGCAUCUGGCUGAAUCACUUGUGGCGCGUUCUUCUCACCCCCGUUGCCAUGCUUUGCGCAUUUGUGACCGCAAUGUGCCGCGGCUUCACGCAGUGUCCUUGCAGGCGCCAUGAGCCGCUGGACGACAUGACCAAGGAGGAGCCACCGACUGCAGCCGCGCCUGACGUUGUCAAACACUACAAGGCCGAAGUGCACCCAAUGCAGUCGCUUCCACAGCCCCCGCCACCAUCCCAUCCUCCAACCAACACGCACAUCAUCCACAGCUCGGCUUAUGCCAUGUAUGCCAACCUAUAGCCUCAACUCGGUUAACGGGCACCUAAUGCAAUGUCACAGUCGUCGGA